AUGCACGAUGGUUAUAACUCGCCGACAAUCUUUGCUCUUGACAACCUGCGGCACGAACUCCACUAUAAGGCGUAUGUGUUCUCCGAUGCAUCCACGGAAAGCUUCAUUGUGGUGCUCAUCCACAAUCCAAUGCGUCAGCUCUCUUAUGCAAGGGUAGGGGAUGACAAGUGGACCUGGCUGCCACCUUAUGAUAUCUAUGAUGACUGCACUUACAAGAAUGGCCUAUUGUAUGCAGCGACUGCAACUGGAGAAAUUCAUGCUUUUGAUCUUAGUGGGCCUGUCGCCAGUAUGAAGAUAAUUAUGGGGGCAUCUGAGAAUAUUUCAGCUGGCAGUGCGUACAUUGUUCAAGCUCCCUGGGGUGAUCUGCUGCUUAUUUGGAGAAUCUUCGGCGAUUAUGAUUUAGAACCUGAACCUGGGGCAUCUGUGUUUUGGCAAACAGGCAGAAUUAAUAUGUAUGAAGUUGACUUGGUGGCAAGUAAACUUAAGGCAAUCAAUUCGUUGCGUUCCCAUGUGUUAUUUCUUGGGCAUAAUCAAUCUCUUUGUCUCAAUGCUGAAGAAUAUCCAGCUCUCAAGGCAAAUCAUGUCUACUUUACUGAUGAUAGUUUUUUCUGGACAACGGGAUUGAAGAAUAAUCACCGUGACAUGGGAGUUCUUGAUUUGGAUGAUAAUAGCAGGGAGGAAAUUAUAUCUCCUCAUCUUUGCUCCAACUUUCCGGCUCCUAUGUGGAUUACGGCUGAUCUUAGAAAGAUGAACUUGGCAUCAGUAGGGGCAGCUUGA